GGCUAAACUGUAUUUCCUUCACCUUAUUUUUGCAUAAGUCAGGUGUAAUGGAUGCAAGGAAAAGUUCCUCACUCAUUUCACACAUCUCAUCUGAGCAUCAAGCUCCACUCAACACUUGGACAGAUGAGGAAACAGGGGAUGAAGGCACAGGAGGUGAGACCUUCCAAGAGGAUGACCCAGCCCUUCUAGCUGAAGAAGAUCUGUUUGGAGAAGUUGAUGCUUCAAUCUGGGAGGACAGUAAUGGCGACCUUGCGGUGGGGGUCGGCACCAGCGGAAAGAAGAGUUACGCCGAGACAGCACGGAUGUUCAAGCUGAGACAAAACCUGGACCAGCUGGACUCCUUUCACAGACAGAAGGAACAUAAUGUGCUAAAAGCCAGGGAAGAGCUAAGAAUUUGUCGUCAGAAUAUUGCUGAACUGGAGAGGCAGAGAGAUGCAGUGGAGGUGGAGAUAGAUCAACAACAGAAGGAUGCAGACAACAGUGCGUCAGUGUUUCGUCUCAGAGCCCAACACAGGCGCCUGUGUCAAGAGCUGCAGGCAGAGGAAGAUCUGGAGGCCCAUGUGACCAAGACUCUCAGAGAGCAUGAACUGGAGCUGUUGCAGGUUGAGGUAGAGCUGGGUCGUUUCUCUCUCCUCCGUGAGGAGGUGCAGGAGGAGGAGCAGGCCUACCAGGCGCUGCAGGCCCAGAGAGGAGCUGCACGGCUGCAGAUGGAGGAUGCUGCAGUCCUGGGGCUGCAGCGCAAGACCCAGCGCCUCAAGGCGAAAAAAGAAGCCAUGCUGAAGGAGGAGGAGGAUCGUUGUCGGAGAAGCAAAGGGCAGGCCCAGGCCAGCCGCAAGAAAGCAGCUGUAUUCUUAAAGGAGACAAUUAAAAGUUUGCAUCAGAAGGAUGUGGAGGAGAAGCAGCGAAGCCAUGAGCUGGUGCAGAAAAGAAUGCAGGCAGUGCUGUCAUUGAAAUCGAACAUUGCAGCUACUCAAGAACGGCUGAGAGCACAACAGAGAAGGGCCGUGGCUGAGGCCCAGAGACAGGAGCAGGAGGAGAGGCAGCUGAAAGAGGCCCUAGAAGCACAAGGCUCCAACAGCACCAAACACAUGUACCAACAGAAGAAGUUACAGGAGUUCCAGCGAAAGAAAGAGGAGUUUGAGGAGAAACAGAAAUCCAACAGGAUGGAUAUUGUUGCUAAGUUACUGCUGGAAGAGGAGUCUUUGGAAAGAAAGAAAAGGCACCAGGCUUCGAUGUUCCUUCCCCCAUCAGUUAAUAAGGACAAGAUGAGGCAGACGAGAUCUCGAAAGAAGAUUCUGCAGAGCCUUGAUCCACAACCUGCUAAAACUAAGGAGAAAACAAUCAGACAAGAAAGUGCGUUGAGUUUCAGCAGCUCUUCGUCAGACCAGGAGGACCUGAGAGAGUGCGUGGACCUGGAAGAGGAGCAGAGCCUGAGGGAGAGCCUGGCUCAGCCAGAGUUCACUGGCCUAUGGGACCAGACACACCAGAGCAGCCCAGAUGAGGAGGCUCUUGACAAAGCAUUUCAGUCCCGGGCAGCCAGACAGGACAUGACCCUGCUGCCUGUGGGGAAGCCAACAGCCCCUCCUAAAAAAGUCACUCAUGGGAAGGAGUUAAAAGGCCCACCGUUCAUCAGCAAGCCCGAGGUCGUCGCCUUCAAGAACUUUGAGGUGGGACAGACGUACAGGAAGAAGAUCAUCCUGACUAACAUCAGCUACAUAAUAAACUACUGCAAGCUGCUGGGCAUCACCCGAGAUCUGAUGGAUUUUAUUACCAUAAGCUUCCAGCCCCCUGGACCCAUGUCUCCAGGAAUGGCCUGUGAGAUGCAGGCAACAUUCCAACCCAUGAUAAAUAAAGAUUUGGAGGGAGAAGUCCAGUUUAUGUCAGCAGCCGGCCCCUUCUCCGUACUCAUCAGAUGUACGAUAAAGAAAUGUGAUCUGGCUGUGGACAGCUGCCUCAUUGACUUUGGUGCCCGUGUGGUGGGACAGAAUAUUUCACGGUACAUCACCCUAAACAACAGGGGGGCCUUGGGCACCAAUUUUACCCUGGUCCCCGUAGACUACCUCAACCCAGCAGAGACCCAGAACCUAACCCAGUCACCAGCCCAGGUCCAGGCCCAGAUCUCAUCUCAGGCUUCCUCCUACAGUACCCAGCUUCCCAAUGACAGCAGCAGUUCAGUAGCAGUGUCUGAUGGUCAGGGGAGCACGGCAUCCAGAGCCUCUGGAAACCACAACGCAAAACGAGAAAGUGGGAAACCCUCUGUCAAAUCCGAGCAAAAGCAGUCGGCUGUUUCCGAGGCAGGCGUGGCAGAGGCAGGACCAGGAGGGGUGCCCUCAGAGAGGGAGGGAGCCCACACCCUGGAGGCCAGUAGGGAAGAGGCCUCCUCAGUCACCAGCGACAUCACUAUCCCAGAGGGCAGGGAGGGCCAUAUUGGCCCAUUUGAAAGUGUCAAGCUGGAGAUUGUUUUCAAACCUACCAUACCUGGGAAAGCUAAGUUGGACUUCAACUUCAAAUUAUCAGAGCCAUCUUGUGCACCAAUACCUGUUGAGGUUCGAGGCAUGGUUGUGAGUGUGCCUGUGUGGGUCACUCAACCGAGCAUUGACCUGAAGAUCUGUAUGUUUGAUCGCCUCUAUCAAGACACCAUCGUGGUACAAAGCAGAGCUAGCACAGCUCUUCGACUGACGUUUGAGGUGUGUCCGGCGCUGAGGAACCACAUGGAGAUCCUGCCUAAGACUGGCUACAUACAGGCAGGGGCCAGCUUUAAUGCACAGCUCAAGUUCAUACCCAGACGGUCCUUGUCCGAGGAUGCCAAGAGGUUUUUUGACAGUCAAACAAGUGUUCUGGAAGUCCCAUUGGCACUAAAUGUGGCAGAUCAGGUGAGGCCUGUUCCUUUCACAGUCCAUGCGGUUGUCACGUCCUCUGACCUGAAGUUUGACCAGACAGAGGUGGACUUUGGCCACUGCUCCAUCUACGAGUCUGUCAAGACCAGCGUCCGCCUCACCAACCUCUCCCUCCUGCCCCAAGACUUUGGCUUCCUAGAAAUACCUAAGUUCAUAGAGGUCCAGCCGAACGAGGGAUUCGGCACUCUCCUCCCACUCGAAACCCUGGAGAUCGAUCUGAUAUUCAGCGCAAAAAAGGCUGAAGAGUACAGCUUUCAGAUCAACUGCAAAUCUGGAAUUCAUAGGGACUUCCCGAUACUAUGCCGUGCUGUGGGGGUCCACCCUCUGUUGGAGCUGUCCCACUCUCUGGUCCAGUUUGGGGCCACGGCGAUCGGGGACAACUCCACAGCCGUGCUCCACGUAGUCAACUCCCACACCAGCCGCAACGAGUUCAGCCACGCGGUGCCUCGCGUGGGCAGGGGGCCUGUAGCGCCCGUGGGGCCCCGGCUGUUCAGCUUCGCCCUGCCUGAGAACUCGGAGAUCAUCCUAACACCCACAGCAGGUCGGGUGCUGCCUGGACAGAGGUGUUUGGUGCAGGUGACGUUCAGGCCCAGGCUGGGAGAGCAUGAGGUCAGGGAGGAGGCAGCGCGCCUGCUGUGUUGCUCCGAGGAGCUGCGUCUGCAGGACAUGGAGAGGCACCGGGGUGCUGAGGCAGACGGGGGCAAACGCACCGAGCAGGAGGGGCCUUGCAAAAAGGAGCCGACCACAGACCCCAAGAAAUGUAAGAAGACUCCUCCAGCCCAUCCCCAGGGGAAGCAGGCUCUGAAGGAGAAGAACAGCAAAGUGUCCAUCAGCCCAAAGAAUGACAGCCCCUUUCAAGCUUCUAAUCCAGCAGACAUACAGCCAGGGUCAGACGAGUAUGCGGCAGGAAAGGCCUCUUUACUGCACUCGUUUUCCCAGCGCUACAGCCGCUACACCAUCCCUUGCUUCGUGUCGGAGGGAGACUCUCCCCAGGGUGACCCCCACACGGGUCCAGCCUACAGCCCCCUCAAUACACUCUACCUCGAGCUACUUUGCCCAGCUGUACGGCCCCCUCUAGUGGUGACAUUAUGUAAUGACCAGACCACCAUUGACUUCAAACAGGUUGCCGUGGGUCAGAAAGUGGUCAAACAGAUUACCAUUCAGAAUAUCUCUCAUGAAUCUUUGGAUCUGAGCUCCUCAGUGCUGGACCUGAGCGGACCCUUCUCCCUGCUGAACGCUCUCAGGCGGCUGUGUCCUGGAAGCACACACACCCUGGUCCUGGCCUUUACUCCUGCCCUGGGGAAAAAGUACCGCGAGGUUAUGGAGAUCCUCACCCACAGGAUGAGCAUGGAGUUGAGGCUAUGUGGGGAGGGAGUUGUGCCUGUCGUCACCUGCUCCCACCAAGAAAGCCUCAUCAACUUUGGCUAUGUGCUGGAGAAGGAAAGUGCCACUUACAGCUUCAAGCUCCAGAACACCUCGUCCCUGGAUGUGCGCUUCUCAGUGCUGCUGGACAGCCAGGCUCUGCGGAGGUCUGACUCCCUGCCUGCCCUCAUCAGCCCCAGUCCAGAGGGAAAUACACAGCCUACUGUGGGCACCCAGAACUUUAGUGGUCUGAGUGUGUUCAGCGUGACGCCCAUAGAGGGCAGUAUAGCCCCAGGGAACAGCCGGGACAUCACUGUCACCUUUUUCCCCGACCAUGAGAGCCUCCACUAUUCUGACAGACUCAGAGUACAGCUCAUAAACAAGCAUACAGUCUGUGCUAUUGAGCUGAGGGGUUCUGCACGUGCUCACACCAUGUACCUGUGUGGAGGAGACCCACUGACCAUACCCAUUGAUGCCCUCCUUCCUCUACCAUCCUGGGGCAACUCAGAACUUAAAGACUCAGAGAGCCCUCCCCUGCCUGUGCUGCUGACUCUCAGAGGGGGCUGUAAGAAAGGGGCCAUGAGCCCUGCCGUCAGAGAACUGGAGGUGGGCUGCAUACGCACCCUGCAGCCUGUGGCCAAGAAGAAUGUAGACUUCAGCUGGGACAGCUUGCCCACCCUACAGCAGAAGGGGUUCAGUGUGGAGCCUAGCAAAGGGACUGUGGAUGCCGGCAACAGACGCACCAUCACCGUAACUUGGACACCGCCUAGUGGGCUCCAGCCUAAUGAAGUGGUGCAGGUGUGUGCUCCCCUCAUCCUGAGAGGAGACGAUACAGAGGUGUACAAUGUCAACUUGUUGGCCUUGGCCUCUGGUGCAAAAGACUAGCUUUCACUCAAAGAUGGAUGAAAAAAUCGGGUUCAGAUGAUUAAUACAGACACAGGGCAUAGGGACAGAAAAGCUUUAUUUUUUUACUUCAUCAUCCUUUUGUAGAUUGAACAAUUGUUUAAAAUGAUUGAUGUUUGAUCUGUUUGGAAAAUUGGAGAUUAAUAUAAUCUUUUCUGUCUGAUCCAACCUGGAUGUUUCUGUCCUGCUGUAUAUAUUUAUCAAUUCACAUGUAAUUUGAGAUCCCUUCAAAUUUGCCAUGUCCUAGUCUUUUUAAUGUCAAUGCAGACUUUACAUUUACAUAUUUCAAACCAUGAUUUAACAUAAAUGUACAACUUCUAAAGUUUUUUUUAAUUGAAGAGAUUAUAUGUAGUUGCAGCUGAGUUUUAUGGAGCAACUUUUUAGCAGAGCCCAACCCUGUUUCUGUUUUUCUCUCCAACACCAGUGUUGAACCUUAUUCAGAUUAUCAACAAGCAAAUGAUUAGAAGCAGGUGUGCUAACUCUCCAGGUAAUAGGGAUGUGCAGGUCCGGUCCAUAGACAUGCCUGAAUACAGGACAUACAGGACUAGAAGGGAGAAGAAUAAUAGUUUUUUCACUAUUACACUGGAUUAAACCAAAGCAGUUAGAUGGUCCUUAUAGCUACGAUAAUAAUAAGCUGUCAAUAAUAAUAAAGAGUGCUUUGGUUCUUCACAAUGGA